AUGCCCCGCGACGAGGACCUCAAGCGGAUCCGUGACAACCAGCGCAAAUGUCGGCAACGAAGGCGUGACUACGUGGCCGAACUGGAAAGCAAAAUCGCAACUUAUGCAGACGCUGCCGCUGAGGCAGAUAAGAGGCGGCAGGCUAUGGAGGAGACCCUCCGCAGGGAAAACGAGGCACUGCGGACCCUGUUGGCCUCCAGCGGCUUCGACCACCAUGCCUUGGAGCAUUAUACGGCCGAGAAGCAUCAAGAAGUUAUCUUAGACGAGAUACGAACGAGUCUCAGCUUCGCGGCAAAUACUGUGACGACCACCCUUGAACCGCCCUCUGACUCGAUGGUCCCGCAGUUGCCGAACGUUACUCCUAGCUUUGGAUUUACCACUACGAUACGUGAAGUCGCAGAUACUGGACUUGCGGCGCCUUCGACUGUCGAUUUUACGCCCUGGCAAUCUACAGAUCUUCGCACUUGCCUGGACUUUCCGGUACCCACUCUACAUGAACCGACUGUACUGGACAGAGAAUCGCAAACCCGUCUGCUUGGGCUCCUGCCUCCGACCAAUCAGAGUACAACCGGUGUUGAUAUCACCACAGGAUUACCUGAUCCUAUUCUACAAGACACAACACUCUGUGCUGUUGCCAUUCAGAUCGUCCGUCAGUGUAAUAAGAAGGACCUAAGCAUGGUGGAGCUGGAUAUUAAGCUCCGUCCAGGGUAUAGGAAUGCUAGGUCUCCUUUGGAAGGUUGUAGGGUCACUAACUGGGUUUUACUGAUGGUCCUUGCCGAAAUUAUACAAUAG